AUGAUCUAUAUCUUAUCCCGAAGUAUAAUGUCAUUCACUUAUUUUCCAGCUGGAACUUAUCUUUUAAUGACAAUAUGGGGUAUUCAUUCAGCACCACCCUUAGGCGCUAUUCGUACCGGCUAUGGAAUCGGUGCUCUCCUGGCAAUUCUGCUUGUUCGUCCGUUUCUUAUUGAGACCGGAUCAUCUGUAAGCCAUAUGAGCAAUGGAAAGUUCAAUAUCACUGGUCCGUACUUAAUCGCAGGAAGCUUAUGUACUUUGAUCGCUCUCGGACAUCUAUUCUUCGCCUCUCGAGAAGCGAAAAAUAAGAGAGAAAGAUUAGAAUUCAAACAGAGUGACUACGGUACACUGACAUCUAAUGGAGGACAAGAUGAAGAAGUUCCAUCGCCGUAUUCUCCUCGAACGUUUGGCUAUGGAGAUUAUCGAUAUGGCUUAACGCUUUGUGUCCUUUUCGUUUGUUACAUGUUUUUCGUCGGUGGAAAUGAACACACAUUUGGAUUGUUCUUUUUCACUUAUUUAAAACUUGAUAAACUGAAGUUAUCGAACAGUGCUGCUAACUGGGGUAAUAUCCUGUUUUGUAUAGCAAAUAUAGUCGGUCGAUUACUGAUAUGUGUUUUAGCUAUAUACUUUUCCACAUUUACUCUAUCGAAUAUAGCCUGGUUUGGUACUUUAUAUGUUGCAGUUCUGUGGUUCCUCUGGAUAUGGAGUAGUGACUGGACAGUUGCUCAAUUGCUUAUUCUCGGCACCUUUACUGGAUUAGCAAUGGCACCGCUGGUUCAAUUAUCAUUGGCAUUUAUCAACGAACGAUUAAAAGUGACGCCCGUACUUAUCGCUUACGUUUAUGCUGGUUCGGCACUAGGUGCACUAGUGUUUCACCAAACAACAGGCUAUAUAAUGGAUCACGGUCCAAAUUAUUUCCCGACAUUAUUUUUUAUCUCCACGUUGGCAGCAAUUCUUCUCUAUAUUCUUUCAAAUGGCGUUUACUACUUUCAUCGAAGAAAAAACAUUUUCGGUGCACAAUCUUCUGACACAGCAACCGCAACACUUCUACCUGAAAGUCUUGAAAGCGAAACGAAAUAA